AUGACAGAAUUUCGGCCUAUCAGUUUAUGCAACGUCACGUAUAAGCUCAUCUCAAAAGUCCUUGCUAACCGUCUUAAAGCUGUCCUUCCCCAUGUGAUAGUUGAAAAUCAAAGCGCCUUUACUGCAGAUAGGCUCAUAACCGAUAAUGUCCUAGUGGCAUUUGAGCUUAUGCACUAUUUGAACCACAAAACAGAGGACAAAGACGGUUUUAUGUCUAUCAAGCUUGACAUGAGCAAGGCGUUUGAUCGGGUCGAGUGGGGUUUCAUCAAAAGAGUCAUGGAAAAAUUGGGUUUUCAUAACAAUUGGGUCUCUCUGAUCAUGCAAUGUAUCUCUUCAGUCUCUUAUUCCGUCAUCAUCAACGGAGAAGCUUUUGGCUGCAUCACUCCUACGAGGGGCCUUCGCCAAGGCGACCCUCUUUCUCCGGGGCUUUUUCUCCUGUGUGCCGAGGGCCUAUCUGCCCUUAUCCAUCAAGCCACAAGAAAUAAGGCCCUUUCUGGAAUCUCAAUCUGUAGGGGCUGCCCGCCCAUCACCCACCUUUUCUUCGCGGACGAUAGCCUUUUAUUUUGCAAGGCUAAGGUCAUGGAAUGCAAUGUAAUCAUGAGCAUCCUCGAAGUUUAUGAAUCUGCCUCUGGGCAAAAAAUAAAUCCAGAUAAGUCCUCGGUCUUCUUCAGUCCAAAUACCUCUCCUGCUGCCAGGGACGAGAUCCUAAAUUCUUUAGGACCAACGCAAGACUCCCGACACAAGAAGUAUCUCGGCCUCCCUUCCUUGAUUGGGAAAUCAAAAUCUCAAGUUUUUGCUGAAAUUAAGGAGAGAGUGGGCAAGAAACUAGUGGGAUGGAAAGGAAAACUUCUCUCCAUUGGAGGUCGAGAAAUUCUUAUCAAAGACGUAGCACAAGUGGUGCCCACGUAUACAAUGAGUUGUUUUCAACUUCCAAAAACCUUGUGUGAUGACUUGGAAAGCAUGAUGAGAAACUUUUGGUGGGGCCAAAGGAACCAUGAGUCAAAACUUGCAUGGGUUAGUUGGAAAAAGAUGUGUAAGUCCAAAUUGUAUGGUGGCAUGGGCUUCCGGAACCUCCAAGCCUUUAACCUUGCCUUACUCGCAAAGCAAGGGUGGCGGAUCCUCACUAAUCCCACUUCUUUGGUUGCAAGGGUCUAUAAAGCUAAGUACUUCCCUUUUGAGGAUGUCCUUCACUCAAGGAUUGGAAGCAACCCAAGCUACGCUUGGAGGAGCAUUUAUAAUAGUCUUCGGGUCCUAAAGGAGGGCACUCGUUGGAGGGUGGGUAAUGGUAAGCAGAUUCACAUUUGGGAAGAUAGGUGGCUCCCAACUCCAACCACCUAUAGAGUGACCUCACCUCAAUUAGAUUUUGGCAUCUUUCCAAUGGUCUCUUCUCUCAUUGAUGAGGAUACAAAAUGGUGGAGAAUGGAUUUGGUAACAAAAGAGGUUCGUUCAUUCACCGUGAAAAGCGCGUACUACAUCGCUAUGCGCAUGAUAGAUGAUCAAGAUCUUGGUUUCUGCCCAAUCUGUGAUAAGGAAAUGGAGUCUAUCCAACAUGCUUUGUUUCUUUGCUCUCAUGCCAAACUUACUUGGGCUAAUUGGCCAGAUUGCCCUGCAAGCUUUUCAUCCCCAAAUGCAUCUUUUAUGGACUCUGUUUCUAAGUUCAUUGAUUCAGGCUUGUUUGCGGAUUUGGCUCUUUUUUUCUUUGUCCUUUGGUCAAUAUGGGGGAAUAGAAAUCAAGCCAUUUUUGGGGACUCUGCACUUCCGCCAGCCAUGGUUUGGGACACCGCAAAAAGAGCCCACUUGGAUUUUGUUGACGCUAGGCUCUCCUUCCCCCCUGCUCCACCUCCUGCCCGUGCCCAUUGGACUGCUCCCCCUGCCGGCUUCUUUAAGAUUAAUGUGGACGGAGCUACUGAUGUUGGGAGUAGUAACUCUUGCAUUGGAGCUGUCAUUCGGGAUUCCUCAGGCUUCCCCAUUGGUGCUUUCAGCCUGGUUCUUUCUUCUUGCUUCCUUGCUGAAAUCACAGAAGCAUAUGCUUUGCUUCAUGAAACUAAUGAUGGCUCCCCUUCACGGAGUAGCUACAUUCAGGGGAACCAAUACGGGUUAUCUUUUAGAGACAAGCUUAUCGGUGAAAUCCCUGGGGCUUUUGCUCAAGCUUUCGACUUCACCGACCAGAUGGACACAGAGAGUGAUUCGGAUAUUGAUGAGGAGGAAACUACCAAGGAACUCCGACAGGGCAUGGUGGCUAUCAAGAUAUCCAAGGACACAAAGAGGCGCAUAAGGAAGCCCUGGUCUAAGGCUAUCAUUGUGAAGUUAGUGGGCCGGUCAGUGAGCUUCUCCUAUAUGCAGAACAAGCUUAACCAACUCUGGAAACCAGAGGGGAGAAUGGACUGCGUCGAUCUCAGCUACGGUUUCUUUUUAAUCCGGUUCUACUCUAAAGAAGAUUUAAGCGAUGUGUUAAAGAAAGAACCUUGGUUCGUGGGCGACCACUUUCUGUCCUUGCGGCCAUGGGAGCCGUUCUUCAAACCGGAUUCAGCAGAUGUGUCUUUGGUGGCUGUUUGGAUUAGGCUUUACCAACUGCCUAUUGAACUUUAUGAGGCAGAAGUCUUGAGAGAGAUUGGAGAAUCCAUUGGCAAGGUCCUUAGAGUUGACACUCAUACCACCUCGGAAGCCAGGGGUAAAUAUGCUGGUUUGAGCAAUUAG